GAACGGGCUGAGCGCGAGCGUCGCGAGGCAGAAGAACGCGGCGCGCUCGAGUCGCUAAGCGAGGAGCAAAGAGAAGAAGUCAACGAGGCAUUCUCGCUCUUCGAUCUGGACAAGGACAACUACAUCGACUACCACGAGCUCAAGGUCGCGCUGAAAGCGCUCGGAUUCGAUUUGCCGAAGAAUGAUAUUCUGAGUAUGCUACAGACGCACGGCGUGUCUGCGUCGUCACUCACAGGCGGCGCGAGAGGGGGGCAGCAGCAGCAAGGAGGUGAUAGACCAUCGUUCACGGGUCCGUCGCGAUUGUUGCUCAGUCACGUGGCAUUCCAGCAGAUAGCGGCACAGCGGAUACUGAAUCGCGACCCGCAGGAAGAGAUUCUGCGCGCGUUCGAGCUGUUCGAUGCGGAGGGCAAGGGACGGAUCGACGUGAAUGAUUUACGGCGCGUGGCGAGGGAGCUGGGUGAAGGGCUGCAGGAGGAGGAAUUGCAGGCGAUGAUUGAGGAGUUUGACGUGAGGGGAGAGGGAGGCAUUGAUCGCGAGGCAUUCUUGGGCAUUUGCAUGGGUUGA